UCAUUUUGCUCUCAAGCUCUCUGUUUUUCUCUUCUUCUCCUCAAUAUCUCCAAAUUUGGCUCUGUUUUUGCUUCUCAGAUUUCGCCAUGUCGUUGCUCUCUGAUCUUAUCAACCUCAACCUCUCUGAUUCCACAGAGAAGAUCAUCGCAGAGUACAUAUGGGUUGGAGGAUCUGGUAUGGACAUCAGGAGCAAAGCGAGGACACUCCCAGGUCCAGUCACUGAUCCCAGCAAGCUUCCCAAGUGGAACUAUGAUGGUUCUAGCACUGGCCAAGCCCCUGGAGAAGACAGUGAAGUGAUUUUAUAUCCUCAAGCCAUCUUCAAGGACCCUUUCAGGAGGGGGAACAACAUCCUUGUCAUGUGUGAUUGUUAUACACCACAAGGAGAACCAAUACCCACAAACAAAAGAUUUAAUGCUGCAAAGAUAUUCAGCGAUCCUGCAGUUGCUGCUGAAGUACCCUGGUAUGGAAUCGAACAAGAGUAUACUCUUUUGCAGAAAGAUGUCAAAUGGCCCCUUGGCUGGCCAGUGGGUGGCUUCCCUGGCCCGCAGGGUCCAUAUUACUGUGCUGCUGGUGCUGACAAAUCCUUCGGCCGUGACAUUGUUGAUGCUCACUACAAAGCAUGUCUUUAUGCCGGUGUAAACAUCUCAGGGAUUAAUGGUGAAGUCAUGCCAGGGCAGUGGGAGUUUCAAGUUGGCCCUUCUGUCGGUAUCUCUGCUGCUGAUGAAGUUUGGAUUGCUCGGUACAUUCUUGAGAGAAUUACUGAGAUAGCCGGAGUUGUUCUCUCGUUCGAUCCUAAACCCAUUCCGGGUGACUGGAAUGGUGCUGGUGCUCACACAAACUACAGUACGAAAUCGAUGAGGAACGAUGGAGGGUAUGAAGUCAUCAAGAAGGCUGUUGAAAAGCUUGGCCUGAGGCACAAGGAGCACAUUGCUGCAUAUGGUGAAGGAAAUGAACGCCGCCUCACUGGACGUCAUGAGACAGCAGAUAUCAACACCUUCACAUGGGGAGUUGCAAACCGCGGAGCAUCAGUUCGUGUUGGCCGGGACACUGAAAAGAAUGGCAAAGGCUAUUUCGAGGACCGAAGGCCGGCCUCUAACAUGGAUCCAUACGUCGUCACUUCAAUGGUCGCCGAGACUACCAUUCUGUGGAAACCGACAUAAGCAUUUCUUUGUUGGAUUUUUCGCCUUUUUUUUUUUCCUGUUGUUUCCAAGCUCUGUGAUGGAGCAAUCACUCGGCUUUGUGAUGGUCUAGUUUGGUUCUUCGCCUUUCGAUUAUCUUAUCGAUUGCCGAAUAAUUUAUGAACAUUUUGUAAUAAUGAACUUUUGUGUUAUUCCUAACAAUGUCUAUUGAAUUGGCAUUGGUUGUGGUUCCAUA